GCUACAGCAAACGAUAAAUGAUUUGAUACAGCCCUAUAGAGCCCUGCUUUGCGUGUGAACGCGCACAACAGACAGGACCGGCGCCAUUCUAUUUACUUUCUCAUCGAACGUUGGGAUGGUGAACUCGUCACAAGGAGAAACCGCGAGGUACAGAACUUCUUCAAAACGUUUUGCUUUUGGUCUUUCCCCUUACGAAGAGUUGAUAUGUUAGACUACAAAGUCUAAAGAGGACCCGAAAGUUGUGAAAAGCAGGAGAUUUGUGAAACUUGGCGGCUUGGAUAUUGUUGCAGUGUUUGGGAGGCGUGGCGUUUUCCCACACUUGGAAAGUUUCAGUCUCUCCAACAUGGCGAGGCUUGUGAAGAUAUUUGUUCUAGUUCUCCUUAUUUUUGCUGCUUCUCAAGCCUUGAAGAUGUCUAAGACGCAAGCAAGGCGGGUCAGGAGGGCAGAAAGCGCGGAGAGAGGUGAAAGAACUGCGGCGGAGGUUGUGGUUGGAAGCGCCGGGCGGAACACGAGUUAUCCUCGGGAGGAGGCGAUGGAAGCGCCGAGGAGUGUGGACAGUCGUCUCGGUGUAAACCCGGGAGCAGAGACGGAGCACACACGGGCUCAGCGUACAGCUAAUCGCGCACACGAAGCUGUGGAGGGUGCCUGUGUCCGAGGCCGUUGCGUGCGGGGUGGUACCGGGAGGAGGCCGCGGUGCCCUCGGCGCAGGUCGCGCCCCGGCCCGCCCGUGGUUCACCUGUACAUGCGGUACCUGACGUGGCGGAGUAACUGGCAGCCCGGCGGCCGGAGGUGGCGGGAACAGGCGCUGAGAAACUCAACUGUGUACCAGGUGCUGCCGUGGAAAGUCAACUGGAGAAGAGGCAUGGGGAACUUCAAGUUCAAGGUCAACUGCCAUGUCUCCAAGGUCAACGUCAUCCGUGAGUCGGAGCUGGUGCUGACCUUCAGCACGACCUUCCAGAGGGCGGUGAGGAGGGGCACGCUGCAGCCGCCGUACCGCCUGGUGCUUCUGAAGGUCAUACAGAGGUCAGGGGUCAGGACACAUCGUCACCUCACCAGCAAGACGGUGUUUGGUAACGAGACGGCUCCGUGGGUCAUCUUCAACAUCUCCCGCCUGGUCCAGACGUGGCGCUCCUCCUCCCGCCUCAAGCACAGCCUCCGCCUCACGGUCGUCUCCAUGGCAACGGGCCUGCAGGUGGACCAGCGAGUCACGAAGCGGCUGUUAGACACGGCGCGAGAGGCGACCUUGCUCGCUGCGUACGUUCGGGAGGGCGAGAGGAAGGAAGACGUGUUUCCUGAUCGCUCCGGAACCGAGCCGAGACAAACGCCGAGACAAACGGGGAAGGAGGAGAAGUCAAGGUCAUCUCUGCAACCUCUGCAGGACCGCGCCGCGUCUCUCGCCGUGCUGCGGCGGGUGUUGCUAGGCAACCAUACCGGGCACGACACGUCAGGCGAAGAAAAGCCCCAGGGUCCUGAGCUGCUGAGAGACUGGCUGGCAUAUCGCGGGAGGAAGCAGUCACGACACAACAACGACACGGGUUCAGAGGGCAGAGGUCGCAGACAGGUCGAAGAGUGCCGUCGCCAUGACUACCACGUAGUGUUCGAUGACAUCAUCCUGCCGGAGUUCAUCCUGCAGCCCCCGCGGUUUAACGCGUACCGCUGCGGCGGCGCGUGCACCCGGCCGUUCCCGUCCCACAUGAACGCCACCAACCACGCCAUGCUGAUGUCGCUGCUGCACGAGAGGACCCCCCACAAAGUUCCCGCGCCCUGCUGCGUCCCGCUGGCGUACUCGGCGAUCUCCGUCAUGGAACAGCACGGAGACAACAUCGUGGUGAAGCCGUACCCAAACAUGCGCGUGGAGACCUGCGGAUGUAGGUGAACUCACUCACUAUCCAUGGCAGGGAAACAGAAAUAGGAAAAAUAUGGAGACAGAUGAAAAGGCGCAGCAUAGGAACUGCGAGAAAUUUCUGACUGCAAGUGAAUAUGGUAAACGAAAAUCAUGAUGAUAAACAAAGGAAAUUUCAAGAGCACAAUGUAGAAGCACGGUGACAAGACCGUUGUGAAGCCGUACCCAAACAUGCGCGUGGAGACUUGCAGCUGCAGGUGAGGAAGAAAAGCAUUUCGGAAAAUGAAAAACUCAAACAAAAAAAGCAAGCAGAAAACGAGCAAAUAACACAUUGAGAAAGAACGGCAACAAUGUCGAGCUGAACCCAAACGUGUGUGGAAACCUGCGGGUCCAGGUGAACUUGACAGAAAAGGCAAAAUCAGCAAAAUGGAAAAAUGACAUGAAGACAGAUGAAGAAGGUACAGCACAGAAACUGUACAAUGCUUGUGUGGCUGCAAGUAAAUAUGGAAAACAAAAAGUCAUGAUGAAAAAAAGGGAAAUGAAAGAGCACACUGGAAGUGUGAGAUAAUUCUGUUAGCCCAGGAGCUGAGGACAUAGGCAAACACCUGGUUGAGAAACGACAAAAUUAUGACAAAAAUAAGCAAAAUUGAAAGCAAAGAAAAAAGCACAGUUAACAUAUUCUGUUCAGCCAAGCUUCAAGAAAACUGAAA